CACUGGCACCAUAUAUAAUUUCCUUUUCUUUUUUAUUUAUUUUUUAUUCUCAUUGUACAUCAAACACAUGAAAAACAAGGAAUAUAUAAGAGAAAAGAGAAGGAUAAUUAGCGAAGUGAAAAUCUCACAUUUCUUCUGGAUACUCAAAUUCCAAAACCAAAUAACAAAACAGAACUCUCUCAAACGCCGUAGUCCGUACUAACAAUGGCAGCCUUAAUCUUGGAACCCUCAUCGUCAUCUUUCCUAAACCCCAACUUCCCUUCUAAUUCCACCAAUACACACCGUCCUUAUCUUCCACUUACAAAGAAAUCGACUCUUCUUCACCGCAUCCACUCGCCCCCCGCCCCUCCACUCUCACUCCGUUGUUCAGCAACUCCUGCUUCGACUUCGCUUCCCGGAGACCAAGAUCCACUUCCCGAUUCCUCCUCGGAGCGUACAAGGGAUCGCCGCAGAGCAGUCCGGUUGGCGUGGGAGAAGCUGGUCCGCUGGUCUCGUUCAUGGCGCAACAAGGCCAAAACUGACGUUCUUGAGCGAACUAACAAGAUUGUUGUGCUUGGAGGUGGAUCUUUUGGUACAGCAAUGGCUGCUCAUGUUGCUGAAAGAAAGUCCCAACUGGAAGUUAACAUGCUUGUACGUGAUCCUCAAGUUUGUCAAUCAAUCAAUGAGAAUCAUUAUAAUUGUAAAUACUUCCCAAAACACAAGCUUCCAGAAAAUUUAAUUGCAACGACUGAUGCUAAAGUUGCUUUGCUUGGUGCUGACUAUUGCUUCCAUGCUGUGCCUGUGCAGUUCAGCUCGUCUUUUCUAGCCGGAAUUGCUGAUUAUGUCGAUCCAGGCUUGCCGUUCAUAUCCCUCAGCAAGGGCUUAGAGCUCAAUACACUAAGGAUGAUGUCUCAGAUUAUUCCCCACGCACUGAAGAAUCAGCGUCAACCUUUCAUUGCAUUGUCAGGACCUUCUUUCUCUUUGGAACUUAUGAAUAAAUUACCAACAGCAAUGGUGGUGGCAUCAAAAGACAAGAAAUUGGCAAAUGCCGUUCAGCAGCUACUAGCUUCUGAUCAUCUAAGAAUCAGCACUUCAAGUGAUGUCACAGGGGUGGAAAUUGCAGGUGCUCUUAAAAAUGUGCUCGCAAUAGCUGCAGGAAUGGUGGAGGGGAUGAAUCUUGGGAAUAAUUCUAUGGCAGCUCUUGUUGCACAAGGUUGUUCUGAGAUACGAUGGCUGGCAACAAAGAUGGGUGCAAAGCCGACUACAAUAACUGGUCUGUCAGGAACAGGAGACAUCAUGCUUACUUGUUUUGUGAAUCUUUCUAGAAACAGAACUGUAGGAGUUCGUCUUGGAUCUGGAGAGAGACUGGAUGAUAUAUUGAGUUCCAUGAAUCAAGUGGCAGAAGGUGUAUCAACGGCUGGAGCUGUGGUCGCACUAGCCCAGAAAUAUAAUGUGAAGAUGCCAGUUUUAACAGCAGUUGCUCGGAUUAUUGAUAAUGAAUUGACACCAAAAAAAGCUGUUUUUGAGUUGAUGAGCCUUCCUCAGGUGAAUCUUCAACCCCUUUGGUGAUAUACACUUUAAUUUGUUUAUUUUGUCUAUCCUUUGUUUUUGAAUUCUACCUGAAUUGUUAGGAUAUCAUAUUCCACUGUAGGUUGAAGAAGUAUAAACCACCGGCAAUAAGAUAAAUGGGGUGGAAGCAUUGAAGUCAUAUACCAGUGACAGUGUGUUACCAUACAUUCUUCUUCUUUUUUUUUUUUUUUUGGCUCGAUAGUUUAUGGAGCCAUUCAUUUACAUAGAUUAACGUUUCAUUCUCUUAUUCUUUCAACAACUCUGCUCUUCACGGAAAACUCGAGCAGAGUACAAUUUUGCAAAUUUUCUACAAUAUACAAGCUUUGAAUUUUGCUGUCAACUUAGAAUGACUACUUUAUCUCAAUGACAAAAUAAUUCAUGACAUUGAAUAAGUCAUUUCUUUACCAUUGCAGAGCCAUUUUUGUUAUUCUUUUAAAGUUGUAAAUUUCGGGUAUCCAGAUUCCAUAUCAAAUGGCCACCACGGUGCAACAUUCAAGGUCAAGAACAAUAAAAAGUAUAACAUGUCACAACUCAAAACCAAAAUAUAUACACAUAUUCAUCAUAUGGUAGCACACCAAAGUUUAUACUCCAUAGUAAGAAAGCUAAAAACAUUUACAAGUUUUGUGAUAGUUCAGUUAUCAGUCAGUUAGUCAUCAGCAACAACAACAUAACAUAACUAGUGCCUUCCCACGUAAAAGGUCAGUCAAGAUUUGAUAGUUCUACAGUAAGCAUUUCAAUCACAAGCAGAUGAGCAAUAUAAGGUAAAAACUUCUUAUCUUUGUUUACUGCGGCUGCGACUACUACUGGAAGAGAGUCCACGCCUCAAGCCAAGAAUCAGCUGCCUGAUGCUGCUAUUCGAGGAAGUGUCAGCUAGCCAUCCUUCUUCUUCUUCCCCACUUGAGGAUGAAGAAGUCGAGGCAGUGUUCCCAUGGCCGAAAUAAGGCGAAACCAAGCUAUCAAAAUAGGCAGUUUCCUGCAAAUAAUGCUCUGCGCCUCGAAUUUCAAGCUGUGUGAAAGUGUUCUUAACUGGGUCAUAGCUAAGAAACCCUUCUCCUCCUCCAACACUGAUCAGCAAAGAGCCACUCUUGGUGAAGCACAGAGGCGUGUACCGUGAGCCAUAGACCGAUGGACUCGAGCCGUGUGACCGUGGAACUGUGAUGAGCUUCGUCCAGGUUUUGUCAUCUUUGGUUGCCCAUAUAUCCACAUAGCUCAAUCUCUGACUAUGAAGCACGCAAAGCUGAUCUUUCAAAGUCCCAAUCCACGAAAUAUUUCGGUUCAAUUCAUCAGCUGGCGGUGGCACCACGCUGAACUUCUCAAACGAUAAAUCGAAUCGGAGAAUCACACAACGAAGCGAAUCGCCUUCUUCAGCUAGCCAGUACAAGCCGCCAUUGGCGUUCGUGGCUUGGAACACAUGCUCGACAAAAUAAGGAGGGGUGUCCUCAUCGGGGAGUUUCCUCCACGAAUUGGAUGUGACACUGAAAACCUCAACCUUGGGGACGAAAUUCGGAACCUUUAAUCGACAAUACAUGGAAGGAACCCUGACGAUCUUGUAAUCAUCAGUGGAAGCAUCAAACCCUAGACCGAAAACCUCCCUAGUGCUCCUGAAAUUAGCAGGAAUAGGCAUUUUCCUGUACUCCCUGAUGGAAGCGUUGUACAAGAGAAGAAAACCCUGAGAUCCAUCAUUGACAACGCAGCAGAUGAGACCAUCGCAGUGACCCUUGACAUAAUAAGGGAAGUAGGGAAGCAUGGGAAAAUCAAGCUCCAUAGCUUGUUGAGAAGCCUCGUUCUGAGGAUCCAUGGACAAGAGAGAAUCCCCAUAGCGAGAGAGAAUGAUACUUGAAGCCAAACCCAGAUGGUAGUCGGAUCGAAUCCUGGCGAGGUGGGUUUUGACGAAGUCGGGACUGGUGAUAAGACGACGCCAUGACUUGGAAACGCACCUGAAUCUGACCAAGGUUUUGACUGGCAGUCUUCUCAGAAUCUCCUCAAUGAUGUCCACUGGAAACUCCAUAAUAAUAAUAAUAAUGGGUUUAGCAGGAACGGUGGCUGGGUUUGAGGUUGGGUUGUUCUCGCAAGGUAGUAGGUAGGUGGUUUCUUUUCUUUUCUUUUCUUUUUGAGGUGGGUUUGGUUUGGUUUCAAUUUGUGGGUGUAUUUUUUCAAAAACUGUGGGCAAAGUGGGAAUGAAUGGGUUGAGUUGGGU